AUGCAGUCUGGAAUAUCAGUGUCCCCUGAGCUGCACGACGCAUUCAAUGCCUUCGUCUCGACGCCUUCUCACUUUUGUCUCCCCGCAACAAUCUCCUCCGAGCGUCUCACCCCUCUGGAACCGAUCGCUUUCCCCUUAUCCUCCGCUGACGAUGAUACCAAAUUCAGCAACUCCCUACCCCUCCUUGCCCCGCACACGCAACCGAAAACCCCCAUCUACCUCAUCCUCCGCCGCAACGCCGGCUCCAACGCCCUCAUAGCUCUCACAUAUAUCCCGUCCACAUCGCCCGUACGUUCAAAGACCCUGUUUGCAAGCACACGGGCAACUCUCGUCCGCGAGCUUGGCAGCGAGAAAUUCGCCAGCACGAUCUUCGCCGCGGAUGCGGAGGAGGUUCUUGAUGCUGCCGUUUGGAAGGAGAGGGAUGCGGAUCGGAAUGCGGCCACAGGCGGAGCUGCGGAUGAUAACGAAGCGGAGAGUAGGAGGGAGGAUUUGAUGGGCAAGAAGGAGAGGGAAUUGAAUGAAGUUAGGAGGCAGGAGGAGCAAGCGAGGAGUAUGACCCGGAGGGAUGUGGGGAUUGGAGGGACCAUUGGGCGUGGGAAUGGAAACGGGGAGAGUGAACUGCAUAUUGGAAUUGGGAAUGGGGUAAAAGAGGCAUUCCAGCAGGUGCGGGAAAGUGGUUCGGUUAUCCGGUUGACUAUUGACGUGCCAACCGAAACUCUCACUCUAAUCUCCACUGAGUCGAAUGUCGAACCUGAUUCCAUAUCAAACCUGAUUUCAGACUCGAAGGCCCAGUACACAUUUUAUUACUAUCCGGACCCCAAAGCAGUCAUCUUCAUAUACACCUGCCCAUCUGGUUCCGUAAUCAAGGAGCGCCUAUUGCACGCUAGCUCGCGGAAUGACGUGGUGAAGCUUGCUGUUCUACAGGGUGUAGAAGUUGCGCAUAAGGUUGAGGCAUCGGAACCCACAGACAUCACACCUGGAAGCCUUGCGGAACAAGUCAAUCCACGAAAGGAAGAGGUUCGACAAACAUUUGCAAGACCCAAGAGACCCGGCCGGUGA